CUAUGUAUAUUACUAGUAUUUGCCAUUUCAAUAGAAAAAGACAGAACUAAUUGGAGUUAUAAAGACUAUCAUCAACCCAUCUGGCAUUAAUGGUCUCUCUCUGCUAAAUCUCUCACAUCAUCAAGUUUGGUGUAAGAGAGUGACGACUCUUUGAUUGCUUCGCCACAUCUUCCUCACUUCCUCAAAGUCAUCUCUCUUUCUCUGUCCAUAACUUUUUAAAUGGAUGUAUAAAAACCUUAUAGUACUGUAUUUUUAUAAGAGUUUGAAUAUAUAAGAUCUCUCUGUUUUAUUUUCUUUCAUUUAUUUAUCUCGAGGAGAAUGAGAUCUCAAGGAGUGGAAGAUAACAAAGGUUGGCUAGGACCAGCCACGCCGGAGAUUUCUAACGGAAAUGGGAAUACCGGUUUUGAGUUUCAGAAAGGUGCAAACCGGACGCCAAACCACCACCGGUCCACCAUUGGAAAACCAGCACCGUCAAAAUGGGACGACGCUCAGAAAUGGCUCUCCGGCGUUGGUUUAGCUCGCGGCGGCGGAGAGAAGAACCACCACAGCUCGAGGAACUGUAAACCGAGAAACUCGAACGCCGAUGAUCUCAGACUCAUAGCUUCAGCUUCUCAGAGAGAACGCGAAGGAGAGGAUCAGUACGUUGAGUACGACGAAGAAGACGGAGCGGCGGGAAGGCCGGAGGUGGAGACUAAGAACGUGGACUGCGGAGAGCCAGCAGGUGGUUCGGUUUGGAGGAAAGAGAGUAUUAUUAAUCCGACGGCUGUGAUUCGAUCGGUUUGUGUGAGGGACAUGGGGACUGAGAUGACUCCGAUCGGUAGCCAAGAGCCUUCUAGAACGGGUACGCCGGUUCGAGCCACGACGCCGGUUGGGAGAAGCCCUGUGACGUCACCGGUGAGAGCUUCUCACGGCGUCGAGGCGGUGAGGACAGAGACAGUGGUGACGGAGGGUAGAAGCGUAGCGAGUGAUAAUAAUGAGAAGAUUAGUUUUGGAGAUAAUAAUAAUGAUAAUAAGGGGAUGAAUGCUAUGGAAGCUCGAGCCAUGGCUUGGGAUGAGGCAGAACGCGCUAAGUUCAUGGCUAGGUAUAAGAGAGAGGAAGUGAAGAUACAAGCUUGGGAGAAUCACGAGAGGAGAAAGGCUGAGAUGGAGAUGAAAAAAAUGGAGGUGAAGGCGGAGAGGAUGAAAGCUAGGGCGGAGGAGAAGUUAGCGAACAAGCUGGCCGCGACAAAGAGGAUAGCAGAGGAAAGGAGGGCUAACGCGGAGGCGAAGCUGAACGAGAAGGCGGUGAGGACAUCGGAGAGGGCUGAUUAUAUAAGGAGAAGUGGCCACUUGCCUUCUUCUUUCUCCUUUAAAAUUCCCUCUUUCUCUCUAUGUUGGUAGCCACUAGUUUGUGUUUACUUAUUGAUCUCAUUAUUGCCUUUAGAAUGUAACCGUGUAUGGAUUUAGUGAUGCAAUAACUAACGGCUUUGUCUGGGGAAGUAGAUAUAAUAGAAGAGAAAGUUUGGAGAGA